AAUGGUACAGCCAGCAUCACGCUGCACAAUGGUUUCCAGGCAGUGAAAGAGCGUGAUUCAGCAAGCCACUCUUUUUUUCCUCUCUUUAUUUCAUUAUUAUCAGACAUUUUGCCUCCCCUUUUUCUAUUCUGCUCUACCUUCUCCCCCAGGCUUUUAUUUAGUUCUUUAAAGGAAAACAGUGGUUUACCCUGAAUCCAACUGCCCAUCUUCUUAUUUUUUAUUAUUGUAAACAGCCCAUCUUUUCCUCGGCACUGGUUGGAAUGUGAUUUAAAAAUACCACCUAAAGUCGCAGUUUUGGGGAAAGGUUUCUGGACGAGGAGAAUAGCUCGCAAGCACGGAAUGGGCUAGUACUAGAAACCUGUACGAGCAGCAGGCCAGACUCAAAUAUCAGCUAUGGCAACCCAUGCAUGAAGUCGAUGCCUUUGAACCACGUCCUAUAGAUGAGACAUAGCACAUGCUGUGCUGUCUUCCACUGGGACAGAGGUGAAACUUCGCCAGGCCGCAGCUGUUGAGCAGUGGUCCCCUGAUUUGCAGCUCUCCCCAGGAAGACCUCAGAACAAUUACAAGUGUAUCACCUGGACAAAAUGUAAACCUCCGCUGUCAGACUAUCCUAUCCCUGGUAUUUAUGAGCCGCCAUUUCUUGUAUUAUUGUGGUGAACCUACUCUGGAUGUGAAGGUUGCCUUUUGUCAGGUGUGUGUUCCUUACAGGUAAAACAAGGGAUUUGGGAAACAAGUGGAUGUGUCAUAUAUUGCCAAACAUUACAACAUGAGCAAAAGCAAAGUUGACAACCAGUUCUACAGCGUGGAAGUAGGCGACUCGACCUUCACAGUUCUCAAACGCUACCAGAACUUGAAACCUAUUGGCUCUGGGGCUCAGGGAAUAGUUUGUGCUGCAUAUGAUGCCAUCCUUGACAGAAACGUGGCCAUUAAGAAGCUCAGCAGACCAUUUCAGAACCAAACUCAUGCCAAGAGAGCUUACAGGGAGCUGGUCCUCAUGAAGUGUGUGAAUCAUAAAAAUAUUAUCAGUUUAUUAAAUGUCUUCACACCACAGAAAUCUCUGGAGGAGUUCCAGGAUGUUUACCUGGUAAUGGAGUUAAUGGAUGCCAAUCUGUGCCAGGUCAUUCAGAUGGAGCUAGACCAUGAGCGAAUGUCUUAUCUACUGUACCAAAUGCUCUGUGGUAUCAAGCAUCUUCACUCUGCAGGAAUUAUUCACAGGGACUUGAAACCAAGUAAUAUUGUGGUAAAAUCUGACUGCACAUUGAAGAUUUUGGAUUUUGGACUGGCCAGGACAGCAGGCACUAGCUUCAUGAUGACUCCAUAUGUGGUGACACGUUACUACAGAGCACCAGAGGUCAUCUUGGGAAUGGGCUACAAGGAGAACGUGGAUAUAUGGUCUGUGGGAUGCAUUAUGGGAGAAAUGGUUCGCCACAAAAUCCUCUUUCCAGGAAGGGACUAUAUUGAUCAGUGGAAUAAAGUUAUUGAGCAGCUGGGAACACCCUGUCCAGAAUUCAUGAAGAAGCUGCAGCCGACGGUACGGAACUACGUUGAGAACAGACCCAAGUAUGCUGGCCUCACUUUCCCCAAACUUUUUCCAGACUCUCUCUUCCCAGCUGACUCGGAACACAACAAACUGAAAGCCAGCCAAGCCAGGGACCUUUUAUCAAAGAUGCUAGUCAUUGAUCCAGCCAAGCGAAUAUCAGUAGAUGAAGCCUUACAGCAUCCAUACAUUAAUGUCUGGUAUGACCCAGCAGAAGUGGAGGCGCCCCCUCCUCAGAUAUAUGAUAAACAGCUGGAUGAAAGGGAACAUACAAUCGAGGAAUGGAAAGAACUCAUCUACAAAGAAGUAAUGAAUUCUGAAGAAAAGACUAAAAAUGGUGUAGUAAAAGGACAGCCUUCUCCUUCAGGUGCAGCAGUGAACAGCAGUGAAAGCCUCCCUCCAUCCUCAUCUGUCAAUGACAUCUCAUCCAUGUCCACGGAUCAAACACUGGCGUCUGACACAGACAGCAGCCUGGAAGCUUCUGCGGGACCCCUCGGUUGUUGCAGGUGACUAGCCGCCUGCCUGCGAAACCCAGCGUUCUUCAGAGGAUGAUGUAAUUUAGGAGUAAAAAUUAACAGGAGUUAAGAGAUGAAAAGGAAGAGAAAUAAAAUACAAAGAUUUAAACAAAACAAACAAACAAAAAUCUUUUCAGCCUGCUUCUCCUACAGAGUUAUGUAAUGCAGCUAAGCUCAAGUGUAUAUUUAACUUAUAGUUGCUCUGCUUUGGUCUUCUUCCAAUGAUGCUUACUGGGGAAAAAAACAAAAGGAACUCAAAAAUCCUUUUUUUUUACCCCCUCCCCAUAAGAUGUAAAAUUAAUGGCUGCAAAACCAGCAACCUGCAACUGUCUUUUUCACACUGGCAUGACAAGGUGUGCAGUAGCCACUCGCAAACAUACAGGUGUGUAUCUUCAUUCACUCUCUGUUCUGUUGUCUUCUGCCCAGUGAGGCAAAUAGGUAUAUACAUGCAUUUUUCUUCAUAUACGAAUAGCACAUACACACGCGUGCCAAUAGAAUUCUGGCUGUGUACCUAUAGGAACACACACAUCUGCAUAUGUACUUAGUGUGCGCUCCACAACUAAAUGGCCCAUUUCAGGUGAACUGCAAAACUACAUAUGUGAUAUUACCAGUAUAUAUUCUAUUUGUUUGCUUAUUGAUGAGGUUGCAUAUCUUGUAUGAGGAUUUGUGGAAGUGUAAAUAACCACAUUGACUGUGGCUCCCUCAGAGACUUGAAGAUGUAGCACCAAAAUUUCUGCUGAGAUUUGUAUAUAUAUUUUGAAGUAAUAACCAGUUUGUAUUGAAAGAAGAUGCCACAGAGCUUCAUAGAAAAAUGUUUGUGAAUGUUAAGACUUGUUCUCAUUUUUAGAGAAACUAUGCCAAGCUAAGACCAGGUUAGAAGGAAGCACAUAUAUCUUUGCAAGUUACAGGGAACAAGAAUGAAGGGGUUUUAUGCAUGUCUAAACCCAGAAAGAUUUAUCUCAGUAAGCAACUUUUCCUGACUUCUCAUUUUAGUUCAUAGAUAGGCUCGCUAUUAUGAAUUACAGGUAUGCUUGUAUGUUAGGGAGUAUGACAGGUUUGGGGAAUGGGCAGAUUAUGGUCAAAAGGACAUGCAGCAACUUGUUUUUAUUUUACAUCUAGAUCUUUACUAGGUUAAACAGAGAAAGGAUAUUUGCAGCCCACUCCCUCUCAGUGUAUGUUUGUGGCUUAGAGGUUGUUUUCCCUUAAAAUCAUUCCCUUGCAGGGAUCUCCGCUACUAAGAGAACAGGCCUUCUUGAGGUGCUUUUGGCUGUUCAUUUGCUCGUGACAAAUCAUCUGACUCCCCAGGAAGUUUUAUCAGCUAUGUUACAUGGAAAAGAACCACAGAGUGCGUGGGUCUAGUAUUCCUGUAUUCUAAGUAAUAGCAGAGGAUACCAAUCAGAUAGUGCGCUGGGCUGAAAAGGUCGCAAUCAGGGGUCUUAGGCAGUUUUGACAAGUUCUGAAGAACCCAAUAGUGACUGAAUAUCAAAUUGAUUUUACCAGGUAAUAAUACAUAGGAUUCCCAGUGGUAAGUAACAGCAACUGUUUUUACCAGAGAAUGGCAAAGCUCUACAUGGAAUUUCAGAACAACUGAAUAUUUUUCCAGCCAAAACAGCAACUAGCAUUUUUCCACUGCGAAGUCAUCAUUACCUGAGGUGGAAAUGAACUAAAAUCUGAGUCAUCUCUCCUCUUACCAAAGCGUGCCAUGUGAACUGAAAUGAGCUAAAUCAUACUCUAAUGCUUUUCCAAAUGUCAGAGAGAAACCAUUUAGAAUAUAUUACUGGAUAUUUUACAUUCACUAAUUCUUAUGUAUUCAAAAUUCUACCAAAAUAGGACUGUUCUAUUAGGUGGCUUACAAGCCUGCCAUUCUGUGGUAGGAAAAAAAUUGAGUAUCAAGUCAGAUCUUGUUCAAAAGGAAGAAAGCAAAGAAAAAAACUUCUCUCCAGGGUGGGGAGGAGGGGAGAUAAAAAUUAAGUGGAUAUAAAAUAAUUUCAGACUUGGUAGGUCUGAGCUGUCACAAAAUUGCUAUAGGAAUUUUUCCCCCCCCAGGUAUAUUUUUGGUAGAUUUUUAUGGAAAUUUUUUUGAGAAUAAAAUUAGGUCGAUAAUUUUCUAAAAACUCAGAGUAGUAAUUGUAAAAGCAAUAAUUUACGACUGCUAAAAAUAUUUAGCAAUAUUCUCUCUUAAGCCAUGAAACAACAAGUCAUUUUUGAGUGAUGUAACUCUCACUUUAAAGCCAAUGAUCAUAAAAGUAUUGAAAGGUAAACAGCAAUGCUCUGUAGGUACAAAGGCAAUAACACCAAGGGUGACUUCUUAGCAAUAAUGAAAUGUAUCACCUCCAGAUUUAAUUCACCGUAGAUAUAUAUAGAUAAUAUUCAGGUAACUAGUAUCUGCUUUACAUUCCUUAGUGUGCACCAUUUGGGUGUGUUAUUUAAACAAAAGUGUCUCAAAGAGGCAAAGCUGUAUGCAAGAGAAACUGAAAAAACACCACAAAUGUAGACUGUAGAAACUAGGAAUAAUCACAGUUCAAUGCCAGUGAUACUAUGGAGAUGUAGCGUAGGCAAUAGCAGAUAAACCAUUUAUCAUAGACAGAUGCUAACGGAUCUCCCAUGUUCAUCUAUCGAAGCCAAAAAACAUGCUCUUAGUCCCAUGGCAUAAUUCAGUCUUGUUUGGGUUCGUGAGUGCUGGGUGGAGAACCAGUCACCUUAGAAGAUGGCCUAGUGAUUGGCUCUAAAUGAACCCACAACAUAGAAGUUAUAUAGCUUUAUUCCCAAAAGCCCUGAUUCCACUAAGCACCAGUGCUUGUACAGACAUUUAAUGGAGACUAUAGGGAUGCAUACAUAAUUUUAACUAGCAUGUGCUUUUGUCCUUUGCUCAGCAGCGAUUGGCAUCAGCAUGUGCUUAAGUGCCUUGCUGAAAUGAGGCCUAAAAGAAUUAUCGCAUCCCUUUUUGUCCUGAAAUUAGUUAGUCUCCUUUAUGAAAAGCUCUAUCUGAGUGAGGAGACUUGCGGCUGUCCACAUUGGACUCUAGAAAAAAGCCAUCAAUGAAGAAAAGCAAUAGUUCUUUACAGUUCUGGUCCUUGUAUGUCCAAGUGGAAGUAGCAACCAUCGAACAAGAAUAGUAUCCUUUGUUUUGCUUUGUGUCAGGAAGUUGGUGCUGUCAGCUGAUAGAAGAAUGCAUGGACUCUUGAAUAAAAGAUUGCAGUGAUGACAUUCUAUAUCUGUCUUAAGGUAAAGAAAAUUUUUCUUUCAGAUUCUAGAAGUUUUGAUACCCUUCUCUUCAAGUCUGUUCCCCUUUAUUCCAAUAUUCUAUUCAGUUCAAUAAUGAUAGAUGCUUUUCUUAUUUUUCUUGCCAGUGAUCUUUUAAAUCUACCUCUGUUUAAAAAGUGACUAAAUAGUACUUGAGUAACAAUUUGCACCUCAUUCUUUGAGGUUUGCAAUUGUAAGCAUAAUUGCCACCACUGCAGAGGUGUUCCAAGGUAUUUAGGCACUAAAGGGGCAAUCAGAGAGCCUAUGCCAGAAGUGGCAUAUCUUCCAUCAGCAUGAAUGGCAGCUGGACACCUUGGUUAUUUUUUAAAAUAUGCCUAAGAGCCUAUUGGUAUCUUAAGUGCCUGGAUACCCAAAGAAAUUCUGUACCAAGUGGCUUAUUUAAGUCAUGUAGAUAGCCAUCAUCAGGGUGAGGAAAAAGGCAGAAGCAUCUUAACUAUCAGUGGCUGUUCAGAGCACUAGCUGCAAAAAAUAGCAUUGAGAAGAUAGAGAGGUAGAGGGGAAAGUUGCCACAAAACAUUCCUGCUUUAUUUUCAGGUGGAGUACUUCUGGAUAGUAUGAGAAACCAAAAAAGAAAAAAAGGAAAUUAGAAUAGCUCUUAAGAGACCCUUCCUCCAUUUUCCUUCUCACUGAUGAGUUUAAAUGAGGAUGAGGUAUUAAUUUACGUCAAGUUGAUGUAAGGUUAUGCAUGUUUUCAAUCCAAAAUUUUCUGUAAUUUUUGAAAUCAGUCUUCAGAUACUGUCUUGGUGGCAGGAGUAGAAUCUUGUGAGUCUUGAUUAUAUUCCAUUAAAAUACAAUAGAUCUUUAGAGAGGUCAGAUAUUUGAGUUGGUCACAUACUGAUUUAUGCGAAUCACAUUGUUGUUGAUAAUCCUUCCAUACUAUCUAGAAUUCCAUGGCACAGAUAGAUUCAGGAAGCUUAGCAAGCUUGCAUUAUAUAAAGUGGAACUUAAAUUGGAGUACAAGUAUGGUAAUCUGUCAAGAAAACAAACAAACAAACAAACAAACAAACAAACCAACCCACUAUAGAAAGUCUGAUCAGGUAUUUCCCUAAUGCACUGGCGGUUUUCUUCUGGAAGUCACCAGUUCCUGCUCGAUAUUGGCCUCUAGAGAUUACACAAGACAGAUGAUCAUGUCACUGUAUCACUCUUCUAAACUUAUAACCAAGAAUAGAUUCAUAUAUAUGGCUUUAUCUUCGUGUAUAUUGCUUUACCUUCAAGAUUUGGGCUAACAAUACUGAAGAAAUUAGACUUGUUGCAGUGCCUUUAGGAAGUUUUCCAAAGUAGUACUACUUAAGUGGUUUGGAUCAUAUUCUAAUGUUUGUCAGUGAGCACUAGUGAUUUCUUUUCCACCAACAUAUUUUCUCAUGAAAAAUAUGCUAGUAGUCAAUUUUAGAACUGCCUGAGAGAGUCAGUUUCAGCAAAUCUCCUGAAUUUUUUGUUUAAAAAAAAGGAAAAAUGUGUUUUGAAUAUCCCGAAGUCAUUGUACAAUGUAAUUGAAAUAUUUUAAUUCAAAAAUAACUUCUAAUAGCCAAUGUUAGCUUACUUAUAUUACAAGCUUUGCAGUAUUUCAAAGGAUCAAAAUUUAUUUUAGUUUCAGAUCAAUUUCUUUCUUCAUGCUUAUUGAGAUUUUAAAAUUUUGUGUGAAUUCAAACAUGAAAAAACAAAGCAAAAAAAAAAAAAAAGUAUUUUGCAACAAACUGUGUGCUUUCAAGGAGAGCAAUAUGAAAGAAAACCUGCAGGGAACAAUUAGACUUUUAAUAACCUGGCAAAAAAGUCUGAGUUAGUGGUUCACUUUAGUUUUUCUUUGCUUCCAUAUGUGUGUGUAGGAAAGAGAGGGAGUGCAUAUGGAUGUGAUUUUUAGAGCCUGUGUUCUAUUCAUAUUUGAUCCAAGUUUUCAGUGUGGAUAAAGAGCGUAACUGUAACAGAAUCGUGCAUCUUCAAGAAUCUGAUGGCUGUGCUUAUUUGAACUUCCACUACUUUACAAAGGACACAGUUAACUAAUUGCAAGCUCAAGGUGAUCUUUUCACACACACACACAAAAGGAAUAUCAUUGUGCAGUAGGUUUGAAUAUUCCACAAAUAUGUAAUGUCUUAGUUAGUAAGAUGCUUGUGGGAGGCGGGGGAAUGGUGAAUGUGUCAUAUUCAUGGAUGAGCUGAAAACCAGACCUGUCCAGUGGAAUUUAGUGGAAUCUUCUUAGUGUAUUAGGAACUUGCCAAUGUGGCCUGGUUUGGUUUUUUUUUAAAAUUUUGCUUUUCUUUUUGUUUUUUUUUAAAUUAACUGUUGAUCGCAAGAGGUGAACUUUUUAACAAUUUCUGUUCAGGCUUAUUGACCCAUGGCAAGUUUGAGUUUUAAAGAGCGUUUGAUUCGACAAAAGAAUGUUGAAAAACUUCAACUGAGGCUAACGGUGCCUUUUUACCUGAGAGUGAAAAGCUGAAAAGCACAUAUUGAAGGAAGACACAGUUAAUUUGGGAAAUAAAUUUAUCCCUACCAUGCUUAUAAUUUCAGACAGGAAAGCCUGUCUCUUUUGCUAAUUUUCACUGAACAGGGCCAUUCUCGUCUUCUGGAAAGUAAGAUAUUUAUAAUGUAAAUAGUUGUAUUGAUUUUUUUCCCUUCCUCUGUAACUAAUAUGUAAUAAUCCAACACUGUUUCUUUUAAGUCUUUUACAAUAAGGCCACUGUAUGUUUAAAUAUGGUUGACCUCUGAUCUUUUCCUAAGUCAGUCACAUGCUGAAAAGGAGGGUGCUGGAGGUUUCAAUGUACAUAUAGAAUCAUGUAUAUUUAGUAAAUUGAGUAAGUGGGACUUACGGCCAGUAUACAUUAAGCCACAACAGUAACAAAGCUCCAGAACUUAACUAGCAAAAACAACUGUUCACCUUGCCAUGUCCAUCCUGUAACAAGAUCUAAGUUGCACCUGCCUGUAGUUCUGCAUGAUCAGACUUCAAAGUAUAACUAACAAGAUCUGUAAUGUAUCAGUGUUGAUAAACAUAGAUGUAAAAAAAAAAAAAAAAAAGAAAAAAAAGAAAAAGAAAAAACUUGACCAACAAAAGAAAAUCAACAACAGCAACAGUUCAGUAUCAAGACUGGAAGAUGAGACAUGUCUGAUUUUGUUGCACAGUUAUAGCUGAAAAGAACAACUGGUGUCAGUCAGCAUAAAUGGACUGCAGUAGUGACAUUUGUUAAGGAACCAACCUUAUUUCCGUAUGGUUUUGUUCUUACCCUGUUUUCCUUUGACCAUCUGUUGUUCCCUGUGUGUAGUACAGGGGAGAACAGGGCCUCAGUCAUCAGUGUUUUAUGGGUCAAUGUCGCAUCAAUGAUUUCUGAUUUCUGUUCAUUUAGCAAUUACUGAACUAGGAUGGGAAUCUUGUGUUCUCCCAUGUGUCAAAAGGAAUCCUGUCAGAGCUUCCUCAUGAGGAUACUCUUCUCACUGCUGUCUUGACUCCUGUCGGUUGAAUGACUUUGCAGUGUUCCCAAUAAACAGCACAACACAGGAAACCAUAUUGAUUGAGGGCUUCAUUACACAUGUUGUGCAUCUGUACUUUCAUAAGGGGCUCAAAGUCGUGCAAGGACAGGACUCAAUUGAAAUAUGGUAUGUACUCUAUGCAUGACGCCUAUAUUACACCUUUAUGACCUUAUAGUGGUAAAACUGCUGAUCUUUACAGAUGUGGAUUUGGACCAUCUGUUUUUGGAGGAAAGUUGUAGUGAACCUCAGUCCUUAUCCCACAAACCACUCGCUCCUAUCCAGAGCAGCUAAGUGGAAGUUAAAGGGGUGCAGGGACCUUGGGGGGGCCAUGCACAAGAGGUGAAUUUCAUGCUGUUUGAAUGUGAUCUUGCCAAAAAGCCUGUAUGUCUAGCAGGGGAGACUGUGACUGUUCUAUGAGGAGUGUUUGUGUUGUUUACUUUAAAACAAGCUUUGCUAAUUAAAAUAGUGUAUUCCGGAGUCCUAUUUGAAUGGUGUGAAGGGUAUCAAUGAAGAAGAUACAAAGUAUGCUCAUAC